AUGCGUGGUGUCAUGUUUGAUGGCAGACCUUUUUCGAUAUCGGUCCAAGAUCUUCCGAUGCCACGCAUCGAGUUGCCCACGGACGCUAUCGUGAAGAUCACAACUGCAGCCAUAUGUGGAUCUGAUCUCCACGCUUACCGCGGAUACUCGGCGGCCACGACUCCCUACAACAUUGGCCACGAAGCCAUUGGGUAUAUCAGCGAGAUCGGAAGCAACAUCACCGGCCUGCAGGUCGGCGAAUACGUCAUCGUGCCAGACACAUCGGCCCAUGCACAUAUGCCACUUGCGCCAGAGCCGUUGACCUACUACGGCAACGGACCAGCGCUCUCGCCUGGGCUAGGCGGCCUCCAAUCCGAGUAUGUCCGCGUGCCAUUCGCGGAAGGAAAUCUGAUUCCUAUCCCUCUGAAUAAAACGACAACAAACGCGACUCUCGAGCAGAGUUACGUGACAGUCUCCGAUAUCUGGAGCACGGCCUGGACCGGCCUGGACUUCUCCGGUUUUGAGCCCGGAGAUACGGUCGCUGUCUUCGGUGCGGGCCCCGUUGGCCUGCUGACCGCUUACACGGCCAUCCUGCGCGGUGCCUCGCGCGUCUACUCCAUCGACCACGUCCCUAUGCGCUUGGAGCGUGCCGCCUCGAUCGGCGCCGUGCCUAUCAACUUUGUCGAAUCCGACCCGGUGGCUCAGAUCCUCGCACACGAGCCCGGUGGCGUCGCACGCUCAGUCGACUGCGUCGGCCUUGAGGCUCUCAACAGCACCCUCCAGGUAGAGACCAAUAUCAUUCUUAAUCAGAUGGUCAAUGUCACCCGGCUUGGCGGCGGUAUCGGCCAGCUCGGCAUCUACGGCAUCCAGCCGGGCGCGCCGGCCAUCGUUAAUGACAGCUCCCUGAUUCACGACCCGACCUUCCCUAUGUCCCUAUUCUUUGGCAAGGGGCUGCGCAUGCAGUCUGGCCUUGUAGACGCACGGACAGUCGCGCCCAAGUUGAUCGAGCUUAUCGCCUCAGGCAAGGCGGACCCCAGCUUUAUACACUCGGCCACUAUAAACAUCGAGCAGGCGCCAGAGUAUUAUCGGCGGUUCAACCUCUCUCAGGAACUGAAAGUAUUUAUCUCUUUUCCUUAA